GUCAGAAUUUUUAACUCAACAUAUUCGGUUUCUCAUCAAGAAAAUAUACAAAUUAACAGUUUUCCCCUCUAAAUUCUAAAAAUAGUAAAAUGAUUAUUGGAGAACUAUUUGCAAAUCUGUUGCUUAUCGCAGCUUGUAUUUACACAAUGCGCAACCUUUCUAGCGCAGAGCAUCCUUAUGGAUAUGUUGUGGCUGGAUUUUGCUUGGUCGAAGGCAUAGCGGGCCUGCUGCGUGCGUUGCCAGUUGCGGAUGUUGACGAAGGCGGAUUCGCAUUUGUCAUUUCGUCCACCAUUUUGGAGGUCAUGCCGUUGCCCAUGGCUAACAUCGAGUUUUAUCUAAAAUCGGAUCUCUCAGGAGUGGCUAUGCUCCAUUUGUUGACCAUUAUACCACUAAUCUAUGAUGUGGUGGACAAGAUUCUCGACGAUUCAGACCCUGGCUUAACGGAAUGGCUUAAAGAUCUUGCACUAUUGGGGAACAUCGGUUCAAUGGCGUACUUGGCUAACAAUGACGACAACAACCCCGUGUACUUCGGAGUGGUUGGCAUAUCGUUCUUCGGAAGAUAUGCCGCUGACCAUAUUUGUUUUCUAAAGGAUUUUGGUUGUAAUCUGGCUAUAAUGACCAACGCUGGGACCAUGUUUCUAAUGACCUACGCACUCACUGCGCCCCCAAAAUGAAACACAUUUUGAGCAGAUUUAAAUAAAUCGGUCUUAAAACUUUAAAAAAGCAGAAUUCACCACAUACUCGUACCAGCAAAAUUUUAAAGGUCAAGUCGUUAGCAUGACCGGCUGACAUGGAUUGUUAUGAAGAAAAAACUAGAACCUUUUUGCUGUACCGUUUAUAAGCCAACUACAGUUAACGUUUUUUCGAUGGCAAAACUUUAGCAAAAAGAAAACUGAAUAGAUUUUUCGCAUGUCGUGGGAAGACGAAGCGAAGCGUCUGAGUCCCAUAAAUCAUACGCCGCCCAUCAUCAGUCAACGAGACAAUGGACGUGUCCUCCGAAAAUGUGGGCAAGUGGAACAACGCCCGAUCCAGUGCCGGGAUGCGAUGGAUGAGCGAAAUGUAAGGAGAGGAGGGAUACGAUUCUCCUGGUAGCUACUGGUCCCUCUGCAGCUGUCUGUCAUCGUCACGAGCAACAAGGUUAAAUACUCCGGAUGCCUCUAGGAGUCCGCUCCUCUUGUGAGUGUCAACGUCUUGUCCCCGGAAUGUCAGUGUGACGAUGUCAAAGGAAAUUAAUUAAAGACCCUCGUAUUGUGUAAAUGAGGGACGAAGAAGGAACUCGAGGUAACCAUACAAUGGGGGAGUCAUAUCUCGUUAGGGUGUGCAAAUCGCCUUUAGGCCCCAUGCUCGGAUCGGGUUAAAUAUCCAGUCGAAGACUAAUUUUCGGUUAAUUGAAUUUAAUUUAACCGUAAUUGAGCUCGUGAAUCUCCUGUGCAACAAAAGCAAUUAUCGAUUUGCCUGAACGCAGCUCUAUUCAUAGCUCAGAGGCGUUGAAACGCUUUCAUAAAGUUGAGCGAUACCCGAAACCGAAACAAUUUGCAGGCUCGGAAACCACAUUAGGUGUGAGAACCCUUGGGGCCCUGCAGAGAUCCUUCGCAUUUCCCUUCAUUGCUUCUCGUUCUCGAAAUCUUUUUAUUUCCGCUGACUUUCAAGGGCGGAACAAAUUAAUUGAACAUGACCGGACCAAGAGUUUCCACUGAAAAGAUAAAUUAAGCAAAGUGCCUGGUCGGGAAUUAGGCAAGCGGAUUGGAAGGCAAAUCCUCCCGAAAGCCCUCUCGCCUAAUUAAAACGGGGCUGCCAAGAAAAACGGCCCAGGCUUGAACUCUGGCCAUUAU